AUGAUAGGUGCAGAGCACGAGAACCUCAUAUACGAGCUGGAAGGCUACAAGAACGAGGCCCAACUCGCCAAGGACGAGGCCGAGAGAAAGUUCGAGACCUUCAAGGCGCACUUCAUCGCUCAACACAACUUGAACAACAAGCAGCAAUCGUACCCACCGCUGCCCCCACCGCCGACGCCGCGCGUCGAGGCAGCCAAACCGAUGCCCCCACCCCCCACCCCCGACGACAACAAGUACAUCGUCUCCGGCCCCUCCGUACCGCCCUCCGAGGCUAAACUCAUCAGCAUCCUCACUGCGUUCCUCAUGGUCCACCCUCUCGGAGCAUCCGUCGACUAUCUCGUCUUACGUUAG